CAUUCCUUUCCCCAUUUUCGUUUAGUUUCAAAGAAGGCAAACCGGGAGAGAAAAAUGAAGUACGUUCUUGUUACCGGAGGCGUUGUUAGCGGGUUGGGAAAAGGGGUUACCGCUAGCAGCAUCGGUCUUCUUCUUAAAUCUUGUGGCUUUCGUGUCACUUCCAUCAAAAUUGAUCCUUAUCUCAACACUGAUGCUGGUACAAUGUCCCCUUUUGAGCAUGGUGAGGUCUUUGUCCUCAAUGAUGGCGGCGAGGUGGACCUGGACCUUGGAAACUAUGAACGGUUUCUUGACAUUACAUUAACCAGUGACAAUAAUAUAACAACAGGAAAGAUUUAUCAGUCUGUUAUUAACAAGGAGAGAAGGGGAGAUUAUCUUGGAAAGACUGUUCAGGUUGUUCCUCACAUCACUGAUGCGAUACAAGAGUGGAUAGAGCGUGCAGCAAAGAUACCUGUUGAUGGAAAGGAAGGUCCGGCUGAUAUUUGUGUCAUUGAAUUGGGUGGAACUAUAGGAGACAUUGAAUCUAUGCCAUUUAUUGAGGCACUUGGUCAAUUCUCCUACCGUGUAGGCACUGGCAAUUUCUGUUUGGUUCAUGUCAGCCUUGUUCCUGUUCUCAAUGUUGUUGGUGAACCGAAAACAAAGCCUACCCAGCAUAGUGUUCGGGGACUUAGAGGACUUGGCUUGACACCAAAUAUUCUUGCUUGUCGCAGUACAAUGGCACUUGAUGAUAAUGUCAAGCAAAAGCUCUCUCAGUUUUGUCAUGUUCCGGCUCAAAAUAUUGUCACUCUAUAUGACGUUCCAAAUAUUUGGCACAUUCCUUUACUACUAAGAGAUCAAAAGGCACAUGAAGCAAUCUUGAAAGGACUGAACCUUCUAGGGAUUGCAAAGAAGCCUGAUUUAACAGAGUGGACUACUAGGACCAAAGUUUAUGACAAGCUUCAUGAACCUUCAUUUACAUUUCAGGUUAAAAUUGCCAUGGUUGGAAAGUACAUUGGGCUUAAAGAUUCUUACCUCUCUGUUUUAAAGGCACUUUUGCAUGCAUCUGUUGGCUGCCGCAGGAAGCUAAUUGUAGAGUGGGUUGAAGCAAGUCACCUUGAAGACAUUACUGCUAAAGAGGAUCCUGACGCUUACAAAGCAGCAUGGAAUCGUUUGAAGGGUGCUGAUGGUAUCUUAGUUCCUGGAGGUUUUGGUGACAGGGGAGUACAAGGGAAAAUUCUUGCUGCAAAAUAUGCUCGUGAAAGCAAAGUUCCUUUCCUGGGCAUCUGCCUCGGGAUGCAGAUAGCUGUCAUAGAGUAUGCACGCUCAGUUCUUGGUUUGCAUGAUGCGAACACUGAAGAGUUUGAUCCUCAAACAUCAAAUCCUUGCGUUAUAUUUAUGCCGGAGGGUUCGAAAACUCAUAUGGGAGGAACAAUGCGCCUGGGAUCAAGGAGGACUUACUUCAAGGUUCCUGACUGCAAAUCUGCCAAGUUGUAUGGUGAUGCAACCUUUGUUGAUGAACGGCAUCGGCAUAGAUAUGAGGUCAACCCUGAUAUGAUAUCAAAACUUGAAGCAGCUGGUCUCUCAUUUGUUGGCAGAGAUGAAAGUGGUAGGAGGAUGGAGAUUGUAGAACUACCAAGCCACCCAUAUUUUAUCGGUGUUCAGUUCCAUCCUGAAUUCAAGUCGAGGCCAGGAAAACCUUCUGCACUUUUCUCAGGACUCAUUGCAGCAUCAUGUGGGCAAUUGGAUUUGCUUUUAAACAAGUCCGAUCAUGUAAGCAACGGAGUGACAAACGGGAUAAAUACCGGAAAAGCACUUCCAAAGGUCUGGCAAAACGGUAACUGUUUAAAGUCCGCGAACGGUUCAUUAAACGGUGUGUACAGCAAUGGUAACGGUGUGCACCAUUAAGCCUCGAUAGAACUCGUUUCGGUGUUGCGUUUUAAGUGUCUCCAAGAGCAUUAGAUGGACAACUCUAUAUAUUACUGGGUUUAAGUUUCUCCAAGAGUUUUCAUAGAACUCGGAUCUGUCUGUACAGUGGUCGAGUAUGAGUAGGGUUGCUUAGCAAUUGAGAGACAGGCAAUAGUUUUCCAGGAAGGUUUUUUUGUGCUUAAUGAUAUACAUGAAGCAGCAGCAGGUUAAGAGAAAUAUGGAGCAAAGUUGAACUU